UAUUUAGGUUCCUAAUAUCAUUUUUUUCUAAACUGAAUAGUUUGCGCGAGAGACACUUCCAAAGUGGUAAAAUGUGUGUCCAAAGUGGUAAAAUGUUGAACAAGAUCUAGCAAGUAGAUUUUUUUUUAAUACGUCUCAAAUGGUACGGAACCCUUCAUGCGCGAGUCCGACUCGCACUUGGCCGCUUUUUAACAUUGGCAACAUGUGCGAGUGAGACACCGCCACGAGACCUACCUUUGCUAUGUGGACCGUUUUCUCUAGUCUGGUAAGAACACCUUUCUAGUUCAGUGAUAAGGUUUAAUUUAGUGUGAUAAAAAAAGUUAGAGCGUGUUCCAUUUUAUAUUUCCAUGUAAAUAACCUCUACUCUACGGUUGUCUGGUUGAUCGUGUUGACCGCGAGGUUGUUGUAAAACUGGGUCGUGAAGAGCUUUUUCACACAUUUACUCGUGAAUCUUCUUCUACCUAGUGUUAUCCUGGCCUUUAGCAGGGUCCGCUUUCCUACUUGCCUUCCUCCACUUUGCACGAUCCUGGACGUUCUCUCGUGUGAGCCCGGUUACGCGCAUAUCCGCUUUCACGACAUCGAGCCAUCGUUUUUUUGGUCUGUCGUGGGGUCGGGGGCCGCCAUUUACUCGUGAAUAUCAAUAUAAAAUUGGUGAAGAGGGUUUUGAAGUAACUAAUGUGAUGGAAUCUACAAACCAGUGCCACUGCUGCCUGCAGCGGCCUUUGGCGAAAGAUUUGAGGACACCAUACACUCACCUCGGUAUAACGGAAAUAUAUUCGGACAUGAUCGAAGAAUGCUUUGUUAUCAAAUUAACAUCCAGUAACGAUGGCAAGAGUGGUAUCUGCGAGGUGUGCUUGGGGCGCCUGCGGGAGGCGUGCCUCUUUAAGAUGCAGGUGCAGCAAUGCCAGGCCGAGCUGCUGGAGAGGUUAGAGGGAGGACUGAGUGUCAAAGACGAGGAAGCCUUGGACCAGCCGCCUGAAGACGCGUACAGCGAGCCUUCCGAGCCUUCAUCCAGCGCGUUUGGGGCUACCGCGGAGCCGCUGUCCGAGCGCGCCCGGCAGCAGCUCGCGCUGGCGUGCUCCGUGAGGCUCGAGCGCCUCCGCGACCAACCGCGCCCCGUGACGUCACACCGCCGGCCGAGCCCCGUGACGUCACACCGCCGGCCGAGCCCCGUGACGUCACACCGCCGGCCGAGCCCCGUGACGUCACACCGCCGGCCGAGCCCCGUGACGUCACACCGCCGGCCGAGCCCCGCCGGCAGUGAGCACGACCUGCCCGGUGACGCCGCCGCCGAGCAACAAGCCUACACACACGAUACGAGCCCUACACACACCCCACACAACUCUAGCUUAAUCACACAUCAACAACACCAGAUCCCACCACAAACGAAUCAGACGACCUACUGUUGCGACAUGUGUAGUCAGCAAUUUACGUCAAAACUUAUUUUAAUCGGACAUAUCAGAACACAUACACUCCUGGAACCUCAUCCAUGCGGAGUUUGUAAAGAAACAUUUGCAAAUAGAUUAAUAUUGAAUAAGCAUUUAAGAUUUCACUCAUUAGAGAGACCCUACGUGUGUGAAGUAUGCAACAAGCGAUUUGCAAGAAAACCCACUUUAAAAAAUCAUAGAACAACACACAUGACAGUAAAACCAUACAAAUGUAAAGAAUGUAACAAGCAAUUUGCACGAAAAGGUUGUUUAGACGUUCAUGAAAGAACUCACAGUGGAGUGAAACCAUACAAAUGUAAAAAAUGUAAUAAGCAAUUUACACGAAAAAGUGUUUUUAGCGAUCCAUGGAAGAACUCACAGUGGAGUGAAACCAUACAAAUGUACAGAAUGCAACAGGAAAUUUGCUCAUCAGGAUAGAUUUGAUAAACAUGUAAGAUGUCACAUUAGAAGUUCAAUGAAAUAUGACUGUGAUCAAUGUAACAAGCAAUUUAACCGGCCAGAGUAUUUACUAUUACAUCAGAGAAUUCACACCGGAGAGAAAUAUGUCUGUGACCACUGUAACAAGCAAUACAUAAGUAAAUAUCACUUAAUUAGACAUAUUGCGGUUCAUGCCACAGAAAGACUAAAAAAACUAUAUGCGUGUCAAGAAUGUGACAAGAAAUAUCAACGUAAAGAUUAUUUAAAUACCCAUUAUUUAGUACAUCACACUGGGCGGACACCAUUUAAAUGUACACUGUGCAAUAAGCGAUUUGCACUUAAAAGAUAUUUAGUAUAUCAUGAAAGAACCUGUGGUGAAGUCAAACCAUAUACAUGUAAAGAAUGUAACAAGGUAUUCACACGUGUUGAUUCUUUACUUAGGCAUAAAAAAAUGCACGCUGGAGAAAACACAUAUAGGCGUGACCAACGGCUUGCACAAGAAUGUAAUUUUGAAACUAAACCCGAUAGUAUAAAAGACAACAUACAAUUCACACAGAAAAAAAACCUUGUUGCUUAUGAACGUCACGGCGAAGAUCAACCAUUUGAGUGCAGUGAACUUAACCAGCAUUUAAGUCAAAGAGGUAUUUUAGAUAUCCAAAAAAUGAGUCACACCGAAGAGAAGCCGUAUAAUUGUGAAGAAUGUAGCAACCGGUUUGUAUUACGAUCGGAAUUAGAGAGACAUAAAAAAAUACACACCAAUGAACAAUCAUACGAAUGCGAAAUAUGUGAAACAAUUUUUUUCGAUGAAAUGAGCUUAGCGAAACAUAUUGAAACACACAAAUCUAGGAAAACAUAACCUUAUAAGUUGUUUGGUAAGGGGUUAUUCAAUAUAACUCGGUUGAAUAUGGUUAUCCCACCGACAAACGCAGCUUUAUAAAGUGUCUUAUUGUCUGCUAACUUCACCAUAUUUGUAGGUAUAUAGAAAAAACACGUAUCUACAUAGUUCGUUUUUUAGCAUUAGAAAACAGGUAAACAAUCUUGACAUGUCUUUUUAUUGUAAAACGCUUUUUAAAAAUCAUUAACUAUUACUUAUGAAAGCAGAAGACUGUAAAUGAUCGUAUAUGAUUUAUAAUUGUGACAUAUUUGCCGUGACUUACUUUUCAAAAUAGUUUUUCAAUAAAAAGACCUCAAAAUCGCUUAUUGACGUAGAUUGUAGUUGCCGAAAAAAGAAGCCCGCCGAUAGCACGCGGGACGCUCAAAGUUAGAAGGCUGGCUGAAGACCGCAGACCUUUACCGCAUACUUACCGCCAAAAACCAUUACCGGGUUAUUUGUGUUUGGAUUAAUAAUUAAAAAAACAUAUUUUAGUUUUAAGAAUACUGGAGAGUGUUAGGCUGUUGCCUCGAGUGAUGAUGUGGCGCGAUCGAAUAUUCUCGUCGAUUGGCUGCUCACGAAGGCGUCCAGGCUCUGCCAUUUUAGGCCUCUGUGUAUAUCUAGGUUGCGCACGUAGCGGGGGACAUUCACUAUGGUGCGCAGGGCCCAGCUUGACGUCUCCGACGAUCGGGAGGUCAUCAGUGUAGAGGGCGUAGCAGGCAGGCGAGAGGACACUGCCUUGGGGGACGCCCGCUUGGAUCGGGUGUUCCGCCGAGACGGCGUCCUCGACUGCGACUUUGAAGCGGCGGUCAGUCAUGGCUGAAGUAGAAGGGUAAAAGUAAUGAAUAUUUUAAUACCUAAUGUAUUCUUCCCGGACUCUUGAAGAGAGUUCCCGGGGCAAGCCUUAAAAGAAGGUGGGGGGUAGUAGUCGUAUUACUCGUGAUGAUUGUUCAAUCUCGUCUGCUCCCAGUGGGGGCGACGUGAGAAGUAGCGAACCCUCGCUGUGCAGGCUGAGGGGGCACCUGGCAUUUGUGUUUGACUGUUCUUCCACCUUAAGUGUCUCCGAAUAAGCCCUCUGUCUAUGGGCGUGCGGGAUAAGUUGCCGGCUGUAUUUGCUUGGGUACGCUCCUGAGUAGAUGCGGUUGUUGUAGGCUGGUUGUUACCCAACCCCACGACCCCAAGCCUGGUGA